GUAUUUUACUACAUGUUAUUUCCCUUGCUUUAUUUUAAGUCACAUUGUACGUAACCUAAGGUAUCAGUAUUAUUUAAAAGGUGCAAAAUAUAAAAUAACACUAAUAAAGAUGUAACUUGUAACAUGUAACUUGUUUCUCUCACAUCGAGGCUUUUCAUAGUCUUUUUCCACCGCUCUGAACAACAUAAAAAGCGUCCCAUCUCUCUUAGUAGUGCAGUAACAGUUCUGGAGUCUAAAGAUGUGCCGGCUUUGGUUGUGCGCACACACGAGUGCCUCGGAGAUCUGCUAUCGCGGCUGCGGUUUUCCGAAGAGCAGGGGGAAAGUUGCUCGCCCUGUUACAGCCUUUAAGAAAACAGACGAGGGCGCCAAACGACAGCAAUAAACCAGCCGCAGGCUUCCGCUCCGCCUCCCGCCCCGCCGGAGCAGCCGGCUGCUACGGCAGGCGAAGCGGGGGCUUCGGGACCCCGGCACGGCUGGGUGUCCCGGGCCCGCCGGGCGGUGCGGUGCCUGCUGCCGCCCGCGGGGAGCCCGCUCGGCCACGCUCAGCAAGGUCUGAGCUGGGGUGUAACAGCGGGACACCCUCCGCCCCGCCGGGAGGGCAGUGCAAAGCCCCCCGCCCGGCCCGGCCGGGGGGAACCCAGGGGAAAUCGUGUACCGGUUCUCCCCGCCGCCCCGCGGCUUGUAUCCCACUCCACUCCCUCGCCGUCGUCCCGCUCCACUGCCGCGCCCGCGAGGAGGAAAAGUUGAUAUUUACUUUUGUCUGUUUUGGGGGCUGUAAUACGCAGGACACCACACUGCAGUCGAAAUUCAUAUUUCAAAGGGCUAACAUAAAACUCUCAUUAAUUGAGGGGUGGAUUCUGCAAACAACGCUUAGAAUGUUUUCUAAAUAUUCGCUGGAAUGUUUAGGGAGACUUUAACACUUUUUUUUUUUUUUUUUAAUCUAUCAUAUGUGUCAUUUUCGAGCUAUGAGUAGUGCGCUAGAGCAUAACUUAAGAGAUGUAUGUAAAUAACUUUAGCGGGAACAUCUCUUCUCGGAAAAAAAAAAAAAAAUCAAACCCGCGUUUAAUCACAGGAAACAUUAGGUUGUUUCUCCGGGCGAUGAAAUUCAGAUUCCCAGGGUCUAAAUACUAGAUGAUGUGAGUGAAAAAAAUCAUGGCGAGCAUAAAGGUUGGGCACUUCAGAGAUGCUAAGGAGAGAUGCAAAGGAUUUAUCUUCGUUUAAAUGGUUGCUAUCAGCGUCAUUAUUACUAACAAAGUUAUCACUGAAGGGAGACUUCCUGACCGCCACGUCUGCCGAGCGCCGCAGACCGUGUCCACUGCAAGGAGCGGAGGGAUGAGAUCCCUGAGCCACAGGUAACUUCGGAGAGAGGGUGCUAAAGGUGAAGUCUCUGCUAGCUAGAAGCCUGUGGGCGAUGAACCCCCCUCAUUUAUAUUCUUAAUUUCUAAAUGCGUAGAGUUUAUUGGCCGUGGGGAGGGAGGAAGCAGAGGGCUGGAAAGAAACUUGCCGGGAGGAUGAAAUCGCACGGCCGCGGAGUGUUCUAAAUCACAAAUAUAUUUAAUGUUCUUCGAUUAUUUCUCCCCCGUCAUCAGCCAGUGUUGUCCCAGAGGGAAGAAGCGGGCUAUCUUCUUCGAUAAGCAGGAUUAUAGAAAGUAAAAAGGAGAUCACAUUUAUGGACACAACGAAUAAAAAUAUAUUAGAAUUAUAAUAUAUUACAUUAUAAUAAAUAUUUUAAUUUCCCGGCAACUGCUGUAAGUGUACUCGAAUUGGUGCGUGCCGGCAGUACCGGUCUUUUAAAGUCUGGAUAUAAUGUUUGCGCGUGUGAGGGGGUGCGUGGGGGUGUCAGUGUAAAUUCCUAAAUAAAAGUACUAAUGUGACCUAGAAAUUGCAAGAAAAAAGUAAAGAGAAAUCAAUGGCAGGAUGUUCUCUGUCCUCUGGUUGUCUUCCAGCAUUUCGUCGCGUUGUGAUCUAAAAUUCGCCUUAGAAAUAUUAAUAAAGAAAAGCAUUAUCUAAUAUUUAGCAUGUAGCUCUGUCCGAGGACAAAUGAGAAAGAAGCUGCAUCAUUAGGACCUAAAAGGCAACAAAACAAAAAUCAGAGCAUAAUGAUGCACCUAAAUGAAGGGGGAAAUGUUGCAGAGCUCAUUUUAUUAAUCAGACUGUCAAUUCCACCCCAGAGGCCAAACCCCAGAGCAAUUCAAGCAAGAUCUGAUCAAGCUAAGGACAAGAGCUUUACUCCUCACUUCUUGUCUUUCUUUCUUUCCACCUGGAUAUAUUUGUCUGCUCUGAAGCCGCCUUCAUUAUCCACUGACAGGAGCUUGUAUUUAUUUGCUUAUAAACCUGUUACAAUAAAUGAUUAUUCGAACAGCGUCAUUCAUACCUUAAUGACGAGCACCACUUUUUGAUGAAUGACAUUUCGGGCUAGAAAGGAUGUAUGGGUCAUUUUGACCAGUCAUUCCCUCGCUUUGGCAUCCCACAAUUUUUACGCCUCCCUCAAAAAGAGAUAAUAAUAUUUAGAGACACUUGCCGGGCUGAAUGUGAAUUAGCCCCUGCUGCAGCUCAUCAUUAGUACAGGACCAGCCCUGCAACUUUGACAUUUUUUAUAAAGCUGAGAUGAUGGAAAGAAUAAGAAAAGAGAUGAUCCUGAUGGAGAGAGGGCUGCACAGCCCUACAGCUGGCAAAAGGCUCUCAAAUUUGUCAGACUCAGCUGGAAAUGCGGUGCUGGAGGCCCUUGAAAAUUCUCCGCACAGUGGUCGCCUCAGCCCGAGACUGACUGCCGCCUCCCUGCACAGCGCUAUAGGGGACAUCUCCACCAAAGGCAAAUUUGAAAUAGACACUUUAUUCAAUCUUCAGCAUCCGAGCAGUGAAAGCACCGUCUCCUCCGAAAUCCCGCCGUCGGACAGCAGGAAGAAAAUCAGCCUUUAUUCCGAAGUUGCUCAAGAGGCAGAUAUGAACAGUGAUGUGGAGGUAGGCUGCUCCGCGCUCCGCUCCCCAGCCAGCCUGACUUCCUCGCAGCUGAAGGAAAACAGUAACAAAGGCUACACUGAGAGCAGCCCGGCGCCGAGCACCCCCGCCGCCGCCCCCUCCGCCAGCAUAGGCAGCCUGCACAGCGGCUCGGCGGCGGGGGCCGACCAGGUGCGUCGAUACCGCACCGCCUUCACCCGGGAGCAGAUCGCCCGCCUGGAGAAGGAGUUUUACCGCGAGAACUACGUGUCGCGGCCGCGGCGCUGCGAGCUGGCCGCCGCCCUCAACCUCCCCGAGACCACCAUCAAGGUGUGGUUCCAGAACCGGCGGAUGAAGGACAAGAGACAGCGCCUGGCCAUGUCCUGGCCCCACCCGGCCGACCCCAGUUUCUACACUUACAUGAUGACCCACGCGGCGGCCACGGGCAGCUUGCCGUACCCCUUCCACUCUCACGUCCCGCUCCACUACUACCCUCACGUCGGGGUCACCGCCGCCGCGGCCGCUGCCGCUGCCUCAGGGGCCGCCGCCGCGCCCUUCGCCACCUCCAUCCGCCCGUUGGACACCUUCCGCGCCCUCUCGCACCCCUAUUCACGCCCGGAGCUGCUCUGUAGCUUCCGACACCCCGGCCUCUACCAGGCGCCGGCCGCCGCCGCCGCCGGCCUCAAUAGCAGCGCGGCCGCCUCGGCGGCGGCGGCGGCUGCGGCAGCGGCGGCGGCGGCGGCGGGUUCUGGGCCGCCGGGUGGCUCGGCUCCCUGUUCCUGCCUCAGCUGCCACAGCAGCCAGACGGCAGCGGCGGCGGCGGCUGCGGCCUCGGCGCUGGGUUCGCGGGGCGCCGCCGCCGCCGACUUCCCGUGCACGGCGGCGGGGCAGCGCUCCGAGAGCGGCUUCCUGCCCUACUCGGCCGCCGUGCUCAGCAAAGCCGCGGUUGCCUCGCCGGACCAGCGAGAGGAGGCGCCGCUCACCAGAUAACUGCCCCGGCCUGGGCCCAGAGGCGGGGGGCGUUUUGUAGGGGGGGUCGGGGAAGGCCGAGAAGGGGGGCGCCCCCGGCUCGGUCAGAAUGUUCCGUCUAUUUUUUUAUUGCUGACCGCCCCACCACAGAGGGGCGCGAAGCCCGGGGGAGAGUGCGCUCCGAGGCACUUGCGCCCCCGCGGAGGCGGCCCCGCGGUGCGCGCUGCCGUGCACUGCCCGGUGCUGGGCUCCGUGGGGCUGCGAGCGGCCGGGCAGGAGGGUACAUGGAGGGGGAGCCCGCGGAAGAGAGUGUGUUUCUGCCUGUUAAAAAAAAAAUUAUCAUUAUUUCAGUUUCAGUUCGACUGAAUGAGAAAUGUCUCACGUAUUUCUGUACGACAAGCGGUAGCUAACGAGGCUGUCGCGGCAGAGCCAGUAAUGGGAAGGAUAGUGUAAGAUUGACAGAAUCGGGAGCGGCAUUUUUAAGGUCACGCUUUCUAACUACCAUAAUCCACCCUAUCUGGGAAAUACUUGAAUCUCUCUAGGUGUAGGCUGUUGUUCUGAAGCAUUUACCUUCCAGACACUUUUCUAAAUUUAGUUCUUUUUUCUUAGCGUCUCUCUCCUUCCCGUAAAACGGCUCUUGGAUAUAUUUCUCAUGCAUCUCUAUCUCGCCUUUGCCUCUGCAAAGCCACCACUGGGUAACUGAGACCUGCUAUACCAAACCACUGCUACUGGAGGGACUUCCUUGAACUUGAAGAAAGGCACAUCAAAAACCACCAGUGUUACUGCCAUGUCAAUUUUGAUGCUAAUAAUGUGCAGAUUAUGACGAAAAUUGCCAAUCAUGUUCUCUGAUGGACCUCCUUUGAAUGUGGAAUUGGAAAAAAGUUCCCCGCACAGAGACCUGCUGUCAAGUACUAACAACCCGCUAAGGGAAGUCAUUAGAAGAGACAGAUAAGAGACUUGGUACAUAAAACAUUGUUCUUGGUGCAUAGAAUGUAUGUUAUUUAAUGUUAUCUCUGUUACCUGAAGUGAUUUCGCACAAGAAAGCCACUUUCUUAUCAUCUCAAUUGCCAAUUUUCAUUUUGGUAACUUGGACACCCCGGGUAGACUUUCCUCUGUUAAGUUGAUAUUCCACCAAUGUGAAGAGCCUCAUUAAAUCAAACCCAGAUAUUUCCAUAAUGCUCCCUACAGAGCCACUUCACUCUUCACAUAAUGAGAUUUUUCUGAAGAGUUGAAGCCCUCAUCUAACUUGCUAUUGCUUGUUUAGGUCCUGUGUGAAUGUGAAUACACACACACACGCGUACACUCUCACACACACACAAAAAAGAAAAGAAGCAAAAAGCUCGAGUAAGUGUCCUGAAAUUCUUAUAUUUUUAAGACACUGGAAUUUUUCGUAUUCUAUUAACGAACUUUCAGGAAAUUAUUUUAAAUAUUGUGCUGUUUUGUUCAGUGAACAUAAAUCCUAAGUGUUUUUUUAUUAUUUUUUUAUUAUUUUUUUCCAACGGGACAGAUUUCUUAGGCGGGGGUAGAGAAAGGCAAAGGAGAAAUAUCCCCAGGUUUCCACAGAGGUUUCCCGACGAGACGUGUACAUUUUCUGGGUAAAGAACUAUAAAGCACGGUAGAAGACACCUAACUCACAAAUUUCUCGUUUUGUAAAGGACGAAUAGGAAGACUACUUAUGUAAAGAUAUCGAUUAUACCAGCUGUUCACUGAGUUUACAUUUAAAUUUUUAAAUUAAUAUAUAAUUUAAGGCUGAAGAACAUAGACCAAAACGUAGCACUCUUUUACCAGCUUAACCUUUUCAAUCGUUAGAAUCGUUUGUUAAGAUCACACAAAUAUGGGAUGUAUAUACGACGAUUUUGGCAAUAAUGUUUACAAUUUUCCAAAAUAUAGAUCUAUGUCUAUUAAAUGAUCGAUGAGGAUGCUGGUUGGUAAAAUUAACAUAAAUUCGUUUUAUUUUAGGUCCGUUGGACCUGGUUAUUAUAUGAAACUGUAAAUAAAGUCUUUGUGCUUUAACUAUUGCUGGCUGUACGAACUCACUGUAAAAUAUUUUACAAAUGUGCAAUAAUUAUAAAGCUUUGUAUAUUACGUUAUUUAUUGUGUUUGGUCAUGUAAAAUAAAUGUUAUUUAAAUCAAAGCAGA